CCUAGUUUAGCGAAGGUCCCCACGCGGUGCGCGAGGGACCCGAAAAACACGUGUUUUCUCAGUGCCAGCUGGACGAGCGUGGUGCGAGGUUGUGGUGGUUGAUUCCUUUAUUUCGUUUUCAAGACCAGCGGUUUCUUUGACAAGAUGUUGGAUAAGAUGGUUAAGAAGACUGUAAAACGCAAAUUGACAGAAUCUGUAGAAGGUUCUACAGGAAAGAAAAAGAAGACUGGGCUGAACACACAGUCUGAAGGCAGCAGCCCAAAUUUGCCAAAGAAGAAAAAGAAGAAGCUGCCGCAGGAAGGGAAUGCAGAUGACGGUAUCCAGGAGAAGCCCAAGUUGACAGAGGAAAAGAUUUCAAAACCAAAGAAGAUCCUCAAGAAGAAAAAGCAGGAAGAGAAUGUAGAGAUUGGCACCCAGGAGAAGACGUCGCAGCCCCAGUUAACAGAGGAAAAUGUUCCAAAACAGAAGAAAAAAGGUGCCAAAAAGAAAAAGCAGCAACAAGACACAGCAAAUGGCAUAUCCGAACAAGAGAAUCAGCAGCCCAUGGAAACUGGAACAGAUAGUCCUAAGGUAAAGAAGAAGGGUAAAAAGAUGAAGAAGCUAGGAAUCCUUGCCAAGAGUGAUGUCCAGACAGAGGAAGUGCAGCCAGAACAAAAGGCGUUUCAGGAAAAGAAGAAUGCUGCCAAGAAAAAGAAGAAAGGAAUCAUAGCUAAGGGCGUCGUCGAACCAGUGAAAGAACAGACUGAAGUAAAUGAGACAGAGAUUGCAUCCCCCAAGAACAAAAAGCAAAAAGCUGUAGUUAAUGGGGAUGUCAAACCAGUGAAAGUACAGCCUGAAGAGAAUGAGACAGAGAUUGCAUCCCCCAAGAAAAAAAAGCAAAAAGCUGUAGUUAAUGGGGAUGUCAAACCAGUGAAAGUACAGCCUGAAGAGAAUGAGACAGAGAUUGCAUCCCCCAAGAACAAAAAGCAAAAAGCUGUAGUUAAUGGGGAUGUCAAACCAGUGAAAGUACAGCCUGAAGAGAAUGAGACCCCCAUGAAAUUGGAGCUUUCCGACCUCCAGAAAAGGAUGCUUGAGCGCACACAGCCUUCUGAAGAGGAACUGGCACAGAUGCGAGAGGAAAGAGGAAUGAGACGGGGACGGGGACGGGGAUUCAGCACUCCCAGAAUGCGUGGAGGUGACAGGAGGGGUGGUAACAGGCGUGGCUAUGGUGACAGGCAUGGCUACGACAGGCGUGGUGGUGGUGGUGGCCGUGGGGGCUUCACACCUAGUUAUGUAACCAUCCCAAAUUCAAUUCAUGUGGAAUGGCCGAGGACUACUCCAACCAAACCAGAUGAUGAUGAUGAUGAAUCUACCGAAAAGCCAGAAAAGCCAGCUUCUCUCCUCAAGCCAGACUACCUUUCUCCGGAUUAUAAGCCUCCUCCGGAUAUGAUGGGAUUGACCCCCCGCAGGGAGAUGGGGAGAGGCAGAGGCAGAGGCAGAGGCAGAGGCCGUGGCAGAGGAGGAUUUGGGAAGAAAGGUGGCGAUGAUGAUGGUAGCAAUAGUGACGGAGAUGGUGAAGAUGGAGGCUUCUUUGGUCGGAGAGGAGGGAGAGGCUUUGGUGGGAGAGGUGGCGGCAGAUCACGGGGACGAGGAGGUGGCGGGAGAGGAAGAGGUGGGCGGGAGAGGAAGAGGAGCGGGAGGUAGUGGUGGCAGAGGAAGAGGCCGUGGUGGCGGUGAUGGGAACAAUCCUAACCUAAUUCCUGUGCCAUUCGAUAAGGAGUAAGAGUGCCAGCAAACAGAGAAAAAAAAAAG